AUGACGCGUUCGUUGACUCCAUUCCGCAGACAACUCUUCCCGAUGCCUCCUCGGGAAGCUCUUCUACCCCAAAACGAAUUGGUGGAUGAAGAGAUCUGCCCAGGCUAUGAUUCCACCAAAUUCUACCCAGCGAAUCCGGGUGAAUUACUCGGCGACCGGUACCAAAUCCUAGUCAAAGUCGGCUGGGGUAUCUCUUCUACUGUGUGGCUUGCUCGUGAUAUGAUGGGACAUGAAGAAGAACCGGAAAGCGUCGUAACGCUAAAGAUAACAAAUACAAAUACAAAUCAAACCGCGGUUGAGGGAGAACGUCAAAUCGAGGAACGCAUUGCGAACGCAGAUCCAUCACACCGCGGACUUGCAUUAUUUCGACCAAAUGUGGAUUCUUUCGAGGUCUCCGGUCCUAAUGGAAAACAUCUAUGUCUGGCGUACGAGCCCAUGAGGGAGCCAUUCUGGCUUUUCCAGAGGCGUUUUGAAGAUUGGCGGAUUCCGCUUCCCCUUGUCAAGACGUACAUUCUCUUUUUUCUCGUGGGCCUUGAUUAUCUUCACACAGGAUGCAAGGUUAUCCAUACAGAUCUAAAACUUGAGAACAUCAUGGUCUCCUUCGAAGAUCCGGCUGUGCUUGGAGAUUUUUUAAAUUCCCAUCUCGAUCAACCAGUUCAGUGUAAAAUUGACUCGACAGGGCGACACAUAUAUCGCAGGCACAACGACUUUGGGCCGGUAAGGAAUAUAAGAAGAAUCCUUCCGAAAAUCGUUGAUUUCGGAGGGUCUACACAAAUUGAUAGCGAGAAAGAACGCGGCAUAUAUCCCAUACAACCAGAUCACUAUCGUGCGCCUGAGGUUAUUCUUGGAUGUGGCUGGGAAACGAGUGCUGAUAUCUGGAAUCUGGGAGUUCUUCUCUGGGAUAUUAUACAGGGAAGAGAGCUCUUUCGCCAGGUCCACGAUGCGCAGGGUCACUAUCAAGCUAAAGCGCAUCUUGCAGAGAUGAUAGCUCUACUCGGUCACCCUCCGCCGGAGUUAAUCGCAAGACUUCAAUCGAUGAAGUAUCAAUGGCCCGAACCUGUGGAAGAGGACGGUGUGACCUAUGAUAGUGCAGAGCAAUAUUUCGGCGGUCCCUUUUUUGAUCAUACAGGGAAAUUCUUGCACGAGGACUUGAUCCCCGAUCGGAAUCUCGCGGACACACUUCCAUUUCUCGAAGAAAAGGAAAGAGAGAAUUUCUUGUCCUUUGCAAAAAUGAUGCUGGCCUGGCUCCCAGAAGAGAGGAAGACGGCACGUGAACUGAUAGAGCACCCAUUCCUCCAAAGAACGAAGAAGCCUGGCAAUUGA